AUGGGUAAAGAUAAAAACCACCAAAACGACGGACAUACCAAAAUCAGGAACGAUGACCCUAGCUCAAAAACAACACAAAACGCAACACAGAACACCCAAUUCCCGCAAUUCCUUGUGAUGACCUCCACACAGAGUGGUAAAACAACGGCCGCGUUGUCGCCACUUCUGUUGAGGAAGGGCAUCCAGGGAAUCGCAGGGGAUGUGAAAUCCGUUAAGCCAUUGGGAUCGGGCGAUCUCCUUAUAGAGGUUUAUCGCCAACAACAGGCGAUGAACCUACUCGGAACAACCAGUUUUGCCGGCAUCGGUGUCAGUGUGAAACCACACUCAUCACUUAAUUGCAGCAAGGGGGUAAUCAGGUGCCCAGCCUUGCGCAAUGACACCGAUGAAGACAUACUGGCAUAUUUCCAGGAGGAGAGCGUCCCGGUCUCUGAGGUGAGGCGGAUGGUGAUCAGGAGAAACAAUGAUACAAUCAAAACAAACACCUUCAUCAUCACUUUUUCAACGCCAACACUACCCCAAAUACUAACAAUCGGAUACCAGAGGUACAACGUUUCCGUCUACAUCCCAAAUCCAUUGCGAUGCCGAAACUGUCAGAAGUACGGUCAUCACGAAAAGCGAUGUAGACGAAAAUCGAUCUGCCAGUAUUGUGGCCGUGAGGGUCACACCGAGCAAAAUGACUGUGACAUCGCCAACCUGCGCUGUGUCAACUGUGAGGGGAAGCACGCUGCCUCUUCUCGCGACUGCCCUACCUGGAGCCAGGAGAGGGAGAUAUUACGGGUUAAAUAUACCCGAGGUGUCUCUUUCCCCGAGGCCAGGAGGAUAGUCGGGAGUGCAGACAUUGCUACACCCUCUUACGCACAAGUGACUCGAGGCAAGGCGCCGGUUGACAGUGUCACGGUCAAGGAUGCUUCGGUUCAAGUUUCUGAAGACAUACCUGCCUGGGGCUCACAAGUCCCAGACAUGGCUGGAAGGGAAGGGAUCCAGAAGGCUACAUGCAAAACACCGUACAAUAAAGGGAGAUCACAGACUUAUUACCACAUGCAGCAGAGACAGUACAAUGGAAGAGAUCACAGACUUAUUACCACAUGUAGCAGAGACAGUACAAUAGAAGAGAUCUCAGACUUAUUACCACAUGUAGCAGAGACGUUUGCUGCUGUAGACAAAAUUGUUGAUGUGAUGGUGGCAUCCUUUAACAGACAGUUCAUUGUGGAUAGCAGAGCAUGGGAACGUUUCCCUUAG